UACAAAUAGAGAAAGCUGUAUGUUUGAUGGUAAAACUAUUGAUUUGCUUAAAUUUGAUUUAAAAUUAUGAUGAUCAGUAAUAGUUUUGAGGCCAUUCAAGUGGUCGGACUGCCGCUUGUGCAGUGCAGAGGCCAAUAUAUAAAUUCAUCUCUCUAUGGUAUUAUUAGCCCUCCUAGAAGGCAAACUUUGAAUGUUUCUGAAUGGGGAAUACAAGUUCCAUGUACUUGUGGCACUGGUUGGAGGAAAUGUUAUACACCACCUGCUACCACUGUUCCUAAUAAGGCCAGCAUUAAUAUACUGAAAAGAAAUUCACCAAAGCUAAAAGGGAAGCAGGGAGCCAACCCCUCUCGGUCCAGAAUGUCAUCGACCAAGUCGACUACACUGUGCAGUGACAAUGGAUUGUAUGCUGGUGCCAAAUUCAGUGAUCCGCCGUCUCCGGCAGCAUUACCUAAACCACCGUCUCACUGGAUGAAUGUGGCCAUUGAAACCGUUGUUGACAAAUCUUUGGCUGCAAAUAAUUCACAUUGGAUGAGCAUGAAUAUGAAACCCCAAGAUCCCUUUAAAAACUUUGAACAGAGUAUCAAAGAAUCAGCACCAGAAAACUGUGUCGAAAUGACCAAUCAUCUCAAACUGCUGCUGAAUGUUCAAGCAUAAUGUACUAACAUUUCAUCAUUUUUGUUUUAUUCCUUUUGACAAAUGGAACAUAAGUUUAAAUUUGUAUUAUGGAAAAACAAAGUUUAAAAAAACUUUACAACUCAUAUCAUUCUCUUUAGAAAAUUUUUUACACAUGAAAAGUAGAAAAUGC